UGAGGCGUGAUCCAAAUCGGAGAAAAGAAGGAAGAAAACAGACAUAACAGAUCGAUUGAGCGGACGCAAUAGCAGCAGAGAGGAAACCCUGAUUGGUCGAGCGGCGCGCCGGAGAUGGAGCUCAGCGACAGCGAGCUGGCGGGGGUGAAGAGCUACAGAGAGUACAUCGAGUUGAUGGAGAAGAAGGAGGAGGAGAAGAAGGAGCAACUUCGUAAAGACUGCGAGAUUAAGCACAAGCGGACAUAUGGGGAGCAGGAGAUUGAGGAACACCGUGAAGGCAGCAGGUCCUUUUGUUCCUUACCUUCGCCUUCCCGCGUCGAGGCAGAUUCUCAAUAUGGUCUUCCCAGGAAAUCCUUGCAGAUCUUCUCCAUCAAAGUCACCGACCUAAAAUAUGGUCUCAGCUGGCCACUGCAGGUUUAUGGCUCUGUUGCUUUCAGGAACUCGGUAGAACCUAAAGUAAACUAUCUCUUCAGAUGCACCAGGGAUAACUGCCAAACCCUCACUCAGAAGGAUCCAUUUUUGCGCUUAACAGGCCCGUCUCGUGCCAUUUGGUUACUUGACACGGUUUUCAUUGAUGUUCAGUUAAAAGUAAAGUGCAAAAAAGAGUCUGAAGAUGAAGUGCUGACUUACAAUUUUUCUGAUUUCCACGAACUUUUCCCUUUUGAUCCUUCCAAACAUGUGACACGAAGACCUAUUCCCUGCAAGCGCUGCACGCUUGAGCUUGAUUUGGCGAUGCUGCCUUCGUCAGUCGAGGCCACUGUGGGUGUCCGAGUUGUCGAUGGGUCAUGGCCUGAUCAGUUGCCGGGGCUGGUUGCUUGCAGUACCGACGGUGUAAAAGGAGGGAAAGUGGCGCUGCUUGAUUUUCAAGAUGGAAAACUGCCUGCCAAGUCUGAUGGUGUGGUUGAGCUUGUGAGGCGUGUUGUUUCCGUAGAUUACCCAGGGGGAAAACUGAUUGUUUCUGUGGAGGCCUCUCGGGAUGGGUUUUCUGCACAAUGUACAGUCGAGUUCGAGAUGCAAGUGUCGGGAAGAAGUACUGACAUGUGUGAUCUUAUUUUCUGCAAGAUGGAGGUUACAGUUUGUUGGUCUACUCUUCUUGUGCAAAAUAUCCUUGAAUAGCCAGCUGUUGAACAAUUUAUUUAUGUAUUGUGAAGUUAUGGUACCCUCUGCAUACCUUUUUUUUUCAGCUUUACUAAUUUUCAGACGUCUGUUUUUAAUUUGGCUUUAGGCCGUUUUUGUGGCCGUCGGAUGCACACGAACUUGGCGCUGCUCGGUCUGUCCAUCUUAUGUGGCGCGUACCGGGCUUUUUCAGUUCUUGUUUGGGCUAAUAAUGGACUGGGCGCGGGGGCCGUCUGUAUACCCGAAUCCGCUUUAUGGCCGUCGGCGAACAGCGUCGAGAGGCUGGCGAGAGGUCAUGGAGAGAGGGAAGGUGCCGGCGAGCAGCCCUAGGAAGAGGGAGUCUAGCUGCCGCGGAGUACCGAGAGGAGGCCGGCGGAGUUUUUCCGUCAGUCCAGGCGUUCGCCGGUGUGGUCGGAAUCAGUCGCCGGCGCCGGUCGGGCGGGAGGUUCAGAGAAGUAAAGCAUUUCAACGGGUUCAUUUCAUUUUGUGUUGGGCCUGCCAAACAGUGCUGCUUUAGUGACACAAGACAAGGAGUGUGGAAGGAAUUUCAUUAUGUCUCGUUUCAGGAGGAAGAAGUAGGGGAUUUCCUAGGCAUACGCCUUCUGGUGUUCCACGGGUAGUAUUGCGGCGGAUGGUCUGGCUGGCAUACAUCUGGGAACAGGGAGGAUCACCACUGAUGUGCACUCCCUCCGUUCCUAAAUAUAAGUCUCUGUAGAGAUUCCACCAUGGACUACAUACGGAUGUAUAUAGAUGCAUUUUAAGUGUAGAUUCACUCAUUUUGUUCCGUAUGUGGUCCAUAGUGGAAUCUCUUCAAAGACUUAUAUUUAGGAACCGAGGGAGUACAAGACUUGCAUGGACAGUCGAGUUGAAUUUAAAAUGGGGUGGAAGGAGUUUCUGUUUGAGAAGGAGUGGUGAUGGUGUACUAAUCACCAUCAGGCGAAACACAUUUUGAGGAGUUCAAAUUGAUCAUGAUCAUCAAGAGUUGCUACAGUUUAGUCAGGAGGCCAUGCGCACUCCUGUUUUUUUAUUGUUACAGUCGAUGGAACAAUAUGUAAUCCAGUGGAUGUUUUGUUAUUUAUUUAGCUUUUCAAGCUACAUGAAUAAGUAUUUUGUCAGUUGAACCUUUUGCUUUUUUAUGAAUCAGUAUUUCAGAUAA